UUUGUUUACAAGUAUUUGAAAGGAAAAUCAAAAUUUCAAAAGAGGCAUGGACCGUUUAAUCAAUCAUUGUAACAUAACUAGCACUUGAAUUUUAUAAAGGUUAAUCGAAUUCUUACAUUCUGAAAGUAAGCACGCUUGAUACCAUUUCUAUUACACAUAGAUACGUUCGAAUUUCCUCAAUGGUCAACUUUGGAAAGUUUGUUCCCGAGCUCCCAAACAGAAAAGAAAAGCAAUUGAAAAAUGAAGUUGGAAAAGAAGAUUACAUAGGAGUGCUCGAGAAGGUGAUGAUCGAUUUCGAUUGUGUUAUCAACGAUGACUAUAAAACUCUCAAACCAAAACUAGAGGAGGAUUCUAUAGAGAUGGAUACCUUGGAAUCCUCACAAAAUUUUUACGUUGCUCUUUUAGGACUCGAACCCAAAGUAGUCCACCUAGCCCGAGAUAUCAUCGAGCGCACCGAACAGCGGUUUGAAGAAUUACGGAAAACGGUUGAAGAUACAAGUGACACAUGUGGAAACUAUCCCCCUGGAUCUGAAGUCCAAGUUAUAUAUUCCCUGUUAUCGUUGAUGGAUACCGUAUUAGGAUUUAUGUCUGGCUCGCUUUUGGAAUCAAUGAAAGCGACCUAUCGAUUGCGCACUACGCACAGUUCCUUCUCCAAAUUGCUGGAGAACGUAAGAAAAGUAAAACAAGAAAAAGAAUCUGGCAUAAAAAACGUCAAGAAUAACGCCGAUAUGUUUCUUGAUGAAAUUGUCGAGUCAGGGGCAAUGGCUGGAUACGGUAUUUUAAAUUUCCUAGUGUCCAUGUUUCCAUCUUCUUAUUCUAAAGUCAUUUCGUUUAUAUGCUUUAACCCAAACAGGAAUGAAGCUUUAGAAGGAUUGUGGAAAUCCGCCAUGUACAACAAUGCACUAGGUGCUAUUUCUCUUGUUACUAUAUUUACAUUUUACGGAAUGAUACAACCGAUUGCCAGUAUUUCACCUCCUUACUAUAAUUCUGAGCUGCGUCGACUUGAAAACCAAAUUCAAAAUUGCAAAGCUCGAUAUAGGAAAAGUUUGUUAUGGCAAUUGAUGGAGCUUAAGAUUUCCCUCUUAACAGAGAAUCCUUGGAAUGCCAUCAAAAUUGGAAACCAGACUGUUACAGCUACAGCCCAACAACUUAUAAAUUUACAAGGAUUUGAUAUGGCGAUGGCUUGCAUCUGCGUCCGCGAUUUUAAAAUCGCAGCCAAACAAUUUUUGAUAUUAGAGGAAUCAAACGAUUGGUUUCGGGGACUGAACAGGUUUCUUGCAGGUUGUUGUAUGUUGCAGCAUGCAAACGAAUUAGAAAAAAUAAAAAAUGCAGACCCGAAAGAAUACAAUGCAUUCAUCGAAGAUGGUGCAGAUCUCUUGGUUAACUCGUUGUCUGUCUUGCAAGAGAAAGAUAGAAAAAGUUUGCUGCCAAUGGAAAAGUUUUCAAUUCGCAAAAUCCUAAAAUGGGAGAGAAAAGCCAAGACAGAAAAUAAACCGUUAUACAAGGUGAUAAGUGUUCCUCCGUAUCUACAAUUUUUGUAUGCCUUUGUGGUUUGUACUCUGGGAUUCCACAAAUAUAGCGAAAGCUAUAAACGGGAUCUCUUAGAAGUUACAUGUUACGAAGAAAAUGAUUCAGCUUUGCGAGAUUUCCUACUUGCAGUUAUCGAAAGAAUGCAGAAGAAUUAUACAUCGUCAAACGCUCGUCUGAGAAAGUUACUUCAGUUAAAUCAAGCUUCUUCGUCGACCGGCGACAAUGAUUUUUGGAUUAUUCCUUACGCGCAUUAUGAGCUUGCGGCUUCCCAUUGGUUUGAGUAUGGAAUGAAGGAAGAAUUGGAAAUCAGACGUCUGAUAAAAAAGGCAGAGUCGUUCCAGGGUUACGAUCUAGAGGAACGAAUGGGUCUUCUUGCUAAAAUUGCGUAUCAGACAUUGGACUCCGCCAAGUAAUUAUCGAUGAUGAGCUCCUUAAUGAGUAAACCAUGAUUUUGGUGGAGUUUAAACAGUUUCGUUAAUAUGGUCUUGAAGAGAAUGUUAAACAGUAACGUUUUAUGAUGUGUUACGAACGGCAGAAGAUGAAGUUUCUUACUGCUUUUGAAAGCAAUGGACAUUUGUUAUGAUCCCAAUACGCGUACAUAGAUUAUAAACCUAUAUAAUAUUCGAAUAAAACCGUUUUGCAUGAAAUAAAAGUUCUUCAAGGAUUAUCACAUGUCUUAUAACAACAAGUACCACUGGAAUCAAUUGAGUAGGGUAAGUAAAGUCUUUCACCCGACACAAACAGCGUUGGAACAACCUUGAAGUGAGGACCGCAGGAAAAUGUGACUAAAGUAUCGCGACUAGCAUGUUGACGGUGAGUCAUGAAAAAAACUGGCCUCAAUAUGGCUACACUUUUAUGCUUUCGCCCGAUUCAAUGCAAGAAGUUCAAAACCAUUUUAACCAAUUACUAAUAUGAAUGUCUUUCACUCUAGUAUGUGAA